CCACUUCAUCCGUCUCUUGCCUGCCCCUGCCGCCCGCUGCCUUGUCCAUGCAGCGCUAUCAGUUGCUAUCAAUCGAUGCAGUCCGGUGCCGUCCCGCGAUCAUCAGGGCCUCCUUCGACCGUCCCGUCGUUAACAUCGAUUUCAGUUCCACUUCGAGACAUCGCGUUGCACGGUGAUCCAAGUCUCAUCUUCCCAUACUGACGCGUUCGCUGCCUGUUACCGACUGCCCGAGCACCGGAAGAAGAGUAUCUGUGGACUAUGGAAUCAUAGCCUCUGUAUUCCCGUCGCAGUCGCCAUCAUGUCGGUUAUCCUUUGCACAGCUGGUUACGACCACACCAUCAGGUUCUGGGAGGCCCUCUCAGGAAUCUGCUCGCGCACCAUCCAACACCCCGAGUCUCAAGUGAACCGUCUCUGCAUAUCCCCCGACAAGCGAUACCUCGCCGCCGCCGGCCAUCGCGAUGUCAAAUUAUUCGACAUUCGUUCCACAAAUCCACAGGCCCUCAUGACCUUCCAGGGCCACACCGGCAAUGUGACCGGUGUGGCCUUCCACUGCGAGGGCAAGUGGAUGGUAACAAGCUCGGAGGACGGAACGGUCAAGAUUUGGGAAACCCGCACCGGAACAAUCCAGCGAAGCUACAACCACGGUUCCCCGGCGAACGACGUUGUCAUUCACCCUAAUCAGGGAGAGAUCAUCAGCUGCGACCGCGCUGGAAGCAUUAGACUGUGGGAUCUGGCCGAGAACACUUGCUCGCACCAGCUAAUCCCCGAGGAGGAUGUUUCAGUGACAAGUGUCACGGUUGCCAGUGACGGUACACUCCUUUGUGCGGCCAACACUGCUGGCAACGUAUUCGUUUGGCAACUCAUCCAGGCCUAUGACCGCACCCAGCUGAUCCCCCUCACCCACUUUUCCGCACACAAGGAAAGCAUCACACGCAUCCUCCUCUCGCCCGAUGUCAAGAAGCUCGCAACGUGUAGCGCCGACCAUACGGCCAGGAUAUGGGAAGUCAAGGAGAUGGAACCUGCCACGGCCGAUUCGGAACCGCAGGCGUUCCCCCUCGAGGCCACUCUCAAGGAGCACCAGCGCUGGGUAUGGGACUGUGCCUUCAGCGCUGAUAGUGCCUACCUGGUAACUGCCUGCAGCGAUCAUUAUGCGCGGCUGUGGGAGUUACACACGCAGCUUGUUAUCAGACAGUAUAACGGCCAUCACCGCGGUAUUGUAUGCGUCGCUCUGAACGAUUACUCCGAAGCUCGCUAGUGGGAACUUUUGGAUGAGGCUGAGGAGACGACGACAACUUACAACACCGCUGAAGUGUAGGGCGGCUGCCGAGGGAUUUCAAUGUCUACGUCUCUAUAUUGUGCUGUCUUUGUAAGCAUUCCCCCUUACAGUGUCAUGGCAGGG